GGACUGCAUUGUUAGCGUUAGUUCUCCGAGCCGUCAAUCAAAACUCUGACCCCGCCCCCUCUUGGCGUCACACGUCUUUCAAGUGACGUCAAAGUGUCUGCAGGUGUUGGAAGAGGCGCAGUAUUGGCGUAAGCGACGCUUAAAACGGCUUUUACGAUGGCUUCAGCUACAGAUAACCGUUAUGGACAAAAGGAGUCUUCCGACCAGAACUUUGAUUACAUGUUCAAAAUCCUGAUCAUCGGGAACAGCAGCGUUGGAAAGACCAGCUUUCUGUUUCGUUAUGCAGACGACUCCUUCACGCCAGCAUUUGUGAGCACGGUGGGCAUCGACUUCAAGGUGAAGACCAUCUACAGGAACGACAAGAGGAUAAAGCUGCAGAUCUGGGACACAGCAGGACAGGAACGCUACAGAACCAUCACCACCGCCUACUACCGUGGAGCAAUGGGCUUCAUCCUCAUGUACGACAUCACCAACGAGGAGUCUUUUGCCGCAGUGCAGGACUGGUCCACACAGAUUAAGACGUACUCAUGGGAUAAUGCCCAGGUGCUGCUAGUGGGCAACAAGUGUGACAUGGAGGAUGAGAGGGUGGUGGCUUCCGAGAGGGGACGACAGCUCUCCGAGCAUCUCGGUUUUGAGUUUUUUGAGGCCAGUGCCAAGGACAACAUUAAUGUUAAGCAAACCUUCGAGCGACUGGUUGACAUAAUUUGCGAGAAGAUGUCAGAGAGCCUGGAUGCCGCCGAUCCUGCAGUGACGGGAGCCAAACAGGGGCCGCAGCUCACGGAGCAGCCCACCGCUCCGCACCAGGACUGCGCCUGCUGAAAAUCCCACGGCUCUAGCUGCACUGCCUUGCACCAACACACAAAAACCACCCAUUUAGGUUUUUGAAAAAAAAUAGAAACAUAAAACCCUCAGUUCCCAUACCGCCGUCUCUGGCCACACCCUCUAGCCCCUCCCCCUCCUCUCCAAAUAAUCAUUUUGACAUCUCAAACUUUAAUGAUAUUUUUUAACCAUUCUGUUUUUAAAGGAAAGCCUUAGCGCAUUUUAAAGGGAUAGUUUACCUAAAAAUUAAAAUUCUGUGAUUAUUUGAUCACCUUCAUGUUGUUCCAAACCUGUAUGAGGAUUGAACACAAAGGACAUUUGAAAAAAUGUGUUUAACCGAACAGUUGCUGGUCCACUUUUACUCACAUAGUAUGGAAAAAAACAACUGUUUGGUGACCAACAUUCUUUAAAAUAUCUUCUUUUGUGUUGAGCAGACAAAAGAAACUCAUAGGGGUUUGGAACAACUUGAGGGACCAUAAGUAAUGACAGAAUUCUCAUUUUUAGGUGAACUAUCCCUUUAAGGGUUUGAUUAGGCCUGAAAUUAUAAUUAAGCCCACAUUAUGUUUUAAAGACUUUAUAAUUAAGCCUAAAUUGAAAUUUUAGGAGUGUGUUAUUAGGCCUUAGUUCGGCAUAGCACAGAAAAUCGGUUAUCUGAAAUAAGUUUUCGAUGCCUUCAUUUUACAUUAUAUUUUAACAUUUUUCUUCUUCUACUCUUCCAUAUCCUUAAAUUAUUUAUGAACAAAUAUAAAAAAGCAAAAUGGACAGAGAUUUCUGUAUAUUUAUUCCAAAAAGUGUACAUAAUAAAUACAGUUCAGUAUUUAAAUAAUACAGUUAGAAAUAUAUAUCUAAAACGUUUUUGUUAUUUUUUUGAAAUUCUGACAAAUAUAAAGAAAGUUAGAGAAGUCAAUGCUGUUCUCAUGGUAAAUCUUUGCAGUGCUCGUCACAAACCUUUCUUGCUUAUUUGUAUCUGUGACAUUGUAUCUUGUUCACUGCCUUGCCUCAUGUAAUUUCAGUCCCGGGACUGGAAGCCAGAUAUCAUACACAAACAUUCCUUAAUGUAAAUUUGCAUGGAAGGAAAUAAAGCCAUUUAGGCAAAUAGUGGUAGCAUUCCUUUCUCAAUGCUUCGUUAGGUCUAGUCAAGUGUAUUUCUAGUCAAAAUCAGAGUUUGAUUUGCGGUCAUGCUGUUGCUUAUUUCAUUAUAACAGCAGACCUACUUACUAUCAACAAUGCUCUUAUACGCUCUCAAAAAUUAGCAAAAGUUACUGAGAUUGUGACUGGCAUUUCCCAUGAUGACUUUUUGGACUGGCGUGUCCUGUGAAAGAUUUUACGUGGCUACCAGGCCUGCAACAAUAAUGCAAAAAUCAGUUUGAAAAAAAAAAAAAAAAAGAAAAAAAGCCCAUGGUAAGUAUUAAUGUUUACAUGUGCAAGAUCCUCCCUGAUUAUUCCUGCAUCUUUCCUUUGCUAUUCUGUCUUCCUUUAGUGAAAACAUACUGUAAAUUACAUUUGAGUCUUUGGUUUUAUGUGUGGACUGUGUUGUAUCGAUUAUGGGCUUU